UAGAAGGGCCAGAGGCUGGGCUGUGGGGGCUGCUCUCAAAGUCUGAUUAUCGAGAAGGUGCCGGGUUCUCGCUGUGCUUCUUGUUCUUGGAGCAAGUAAGGUCUUUGUUCUGUCCGAGUCAACUACUAACUCAAUCUUAUCUCCGUGUGUCCCCGUACGCUAGACUAAGGGAUGCAGUGAGUGCUUUCCUUGAACCCCGACUGGGACGGCCUUGUGCUAAAGUAAGCACCUUACAGAUGUGAUCAUCUGGAGGCGCGGGCACUAUUAUUGUUCCAGUUUUACAGAUAACGAUGAUAGAUGGGCUAAGAAAUAUGUCCACAGUGACAGACACAGUGGGAGCGAAGCGGGCGUGGCAAACCGCAUUGGCCUGCGCCCCCUGGUGGGCGUGUGAACCAGGCCGAGGCUCCUGCACCCGCCGGCUGUGUGCGCGCCAGCGGCGGUGGAACUGAGCCGUGAAGCCCCUGGGCACUUGACAAAUGCCUUCCCCCGAGAGGAUUGGGAGUGGAGAGGAUUGGGAACGCCAGGAGAAGCCAAGGCUGAUCUAGCCAUUCCAAGAGCCAACGGCCAGACCUUUUGGCAGCGGAAGAGCCCAGAAAGCCGCCCACUGGCGCCCUAUCCUCUCGGACCCACCCACUGCCAGUGAGGUCCCGGGGAGGUGAAUCUAUACUGAGAAACGCGGGGGCGGGGCUGCAAUGGGGGCCUACAGUUGCUGUUAGAGUUUGGGCCAAUCAGCCUUAGACUCCACUUCUCUUGGCCAAUAGGAAGUGGGCUAGGGCUCAGAGGCGGAAGGUGCGGCUACAUGAGCAGUCGUGAAAGCCAAUCAGCCGUGGACGUGGGUCCUGUCUGCCAACCAGCAGGGAGAGCGGGUCUGUGGGCGGGAGGCCGGAGCAGCUGUCAGGCUAAAGUCCGGCGAGCUAAGCGCGGCGGGACGGCGGAGGAGACGCGGCGCCCGGCCGGGCCCUGGAGAUGGUCCCCGGCGCCGCGGGCUGGUGUUGUCUCGUGCUCUGGCUCCCCGCGUGCGUCGCAGUCCACGGCUUGCGAGUUCAUGAUUAUUUGUACUUCCAAGUGCUGAGUCCUGGGGACAUUCGAUACAUCUUCACAGCCACACCUGCCAAGGACUUUGGUGGUAUCUUUCACACGAGGUAUGAGCAGAUUCAUCUUGUUCCUGCUGAACCUCCAGAGGCCUGUGGGGAACUCAGCAACGGUUUCUUUAUCCAGGACCAGAUCGCCCUGGUGGAAAGGGGGGGUUGCUCCUUCCUCUCCAAGACUCGAGUUGUACAAGAGCAUGGUGGUCGGGCUGUGAUCAUCAGUGACAACGCAGUCGACAAUGACAGCUUCUACGUGGAGAUGAUCCAGGACAGCACCCAGCGGACGGCUGACAUCCCUGCCCUCUUCCUGCUUGGCCGAGAUGGCUACAUGAUCCGCCGCUCCCUGGAGCAGCAUGGGCUGCCAUGGGCCAUCAUCUCCAUUCCAGUCAAUGUCACCAGCAUCCCCACCUUUGAGCUGCUGCAACCUCCCUGGACCUUCUGGUAGAAGCGUGGCUCCUGUAUUCCAGCCAUAAGUGACUCUGGGCUGAUGAAAGGAAACCCAGGAAUUUUGCUAUUUGCAAUUUGGGGAUAGCAUCUGGGAACAAGUGGAAGCCAGACAAAUGAAAGAAGCCUUAGCCAGGCUGAGGGAGGAAGGGACACUAGUAGCUUUCCCUUCCCUAGGGCCUCCAAGGACAUCCUAUGCUAAAGGAAGCGACAGACAAAAGCCAGGCCCCAAGGUCUUCUGGCUAAAAUCAAGCAAAAGGAGCUAAAGGCAGCAGCCUGAGUCACCCGACACCUGUCUUACCACCUACUUUGGCCGCCCUGACCCAGGAUUUCCUCACAGUGACCACAGCAACUGCUGGGGUCUAAGGAACUGGUAUCUGGGGACUCAAUAAACCCUCACUGACAUUGUAGCAAUAAAGUUUCUCAAUAGGG